GCACCAGCAGCCACCACCGCUACAGUCGAUAGUGCCAUCUCUGCCCCGCAGGCCGCAUUUUUACUUGGUUUUCGCGUUUUUAGCAAAUUACAAACUAGAACGAAAUGUCGAAGGCCCAUCCCCCAGAGCUGAAAAAAUACAUGGACAAGCGGAUGAUGCUGAAGCUGAACGGCGGACGCGCCGUGACCGGCAUCUUGCGGGGAUUCGACCCCUUCAUGAACGUGGUGCUGGACGACACGGUGGAGGAGUGCAAGGACAACACGAAGAACAACAUCGGAAUGGUGGUGAUCCGCGGCAACAGCAUCGUCAUGGUGGAGGCCCUGGACAGGGUCUAGCACCCGCCUCGGACCACCGCUCCUCCCCGUGGGCACCCCAUUCGUUAGCCGUAGUGUCUAGUCUUAAGGCUCCGAAACAUUCAUGCGCUGUACACCGCCAGAGAAACACGAAUUCUUAAAUAAAUUACCCUACUGAGACAACUUA